AUUCUGAAGAGCGAAGGCGAUUAUGUGGAGAGGCACCAUUCGUUCGGGGCGCAAGUCCAUCGACGCCAUUCCCGAGUCGAGAGACCAGUCUCCGGGACGCUCGCCCACGCUGUCGGUGUAUGGAGGCCUCAACACACCCACAUUCGGUGAGGGAGCACCUGGAGGGCAUGAGGGGAUGGCCUCUUGAAUUGCAUCACACUGCCUCUUGUCUGUGUCCCUUGGUUGGUUGCUGUCCAUUCUCAGAUAUUCUGACGCCAGAUCGUGUCGGUGUGUUGGCCACUGUCGCCCGCAUCGUCGCAGAGCACCAGUACACCAUCGAAAGUGCAGAUGUCGAGACCACAGACAAGGGAUACGCCCGCGAAGUGCUCCAGGUGUGUGUGUGUGCCUCGCGAAAACAAAUUCGCAUCCAUCACAUGCCUUCUGCUCGAUGUUUGUGACUGCAGCUGCGUCGCAGUGACGACUUUGACGCGGUGCCAGCGCCCGACGAUUCGACGGCCCGUCUGGAGGCGCUGAAGAACAGCAUCAAGGAGCACUUGAAGACGCUCAUCGACACCGAAGAAGCACCCCGUCCCCGUGGGAAGGGCAGGAGGGCCAGGGGUCGGGCGGGCGACAAGGACCAGGCAGAGAUCGUCGUCGAGGGAGCCGACAAGGUGACAGAGAUGGAUGUGCGGAUGGAUAGCACCUGAUGACUGUGUGAUAUCUGUUGUGUGUUGUCAGGUUGGAUUGCUCGGAGGGAUUACUGACGUCAUCCGUCGUCAUGGCUUCACCAUAUCCAACGCAAAGAUCGAAACGAUGCAGGUGCGCGCACACCGAGAAACAACAUGCAGCGCGCACAGAUCACCUGAGAAUAUCAGCUCACCUCUUGCUCACGUUGAUCGCAGGACGGCGUUGUGCGCGACACGUUCCGUCUUCGGCUCGGCGGUGCGCUUCUCUACAGCGACACAUCAAUCGACGAGUGCCUGGAGGACCUCAUGGAGUCACUCGAGGACAGCGGCGCAAAGUAAAUUCCCACAACGAUGGCACGCAGAAUGACUGGAUGGUGUCGCCCGUCGUGUUGCCUGUUGCCUGUGUCAGUUUCCACGACUUUGUGGAGCCAGUGUUAGACGAGGACUUCAAGUCAUCCCCCAUCAAGCAGCCCAUCGCUCCCGAGCUCAUUACCAAGAUGGUCACCCACGACUCCCUGGAGCUCCCUCAGCUGCCCCCCAAGUCACUCGAGACCCCCGCCCUCUACUCGCGCAGCGCCACAGACCCCGUGGGCACACCCGGCACAUUCUUCACACCUCCCCUCAAACCAUCCAAUCGCCCCCCACCAGGGACCACCAAUGACAGCUCACAGCAGCAGCAGCAGCAGCAGCGAACAGACAAGGACGUCAACGACUCGCUGGCGCAGUUUUUCAUCUCGCGUCUUGACAGCGAUGACGACUUCAGACUCGAGGAGGCGGCCGAGCCGGUCCCGCCAGCGGACGGGCCGACUGCUGCCGAGGGGGCAGUCAUCAGGAAAGACAGCGGGCCCGGCACGUGGGUGGGCAGCAUUCGCCCCGACAGCCCUCUGAUGAACGCCGUGAAGCGCGAGCCCAGGCCGACGCGGCCCCCCGGCCUCCGCCGCAAGCGAUCCAGCUCUAUAGCGUCUGGCGAGCGUCUGCCCUCCCUGCCGGGCCACCGCACGUCGAGCUCCCACUCUCACUCCACCGAGACGAGCGAGAAUGAGAAUGGCGGCGAUCUCCCUCCUGUCAGUCAAACACCACGAUCGGAGUCGCGUUCGCCGCAGGAAGGGAUGCACCUCUCCUGCAAGAUCAGCAAGAGACCCGCCAGUGUGGACGCAGGACCAAACAGGGGCAGACACAAGUCAGCAACCGAGCGAGCCAGCCAUACACACACACACAGACCUUUUUUCUGAUAACUUCUACUGUCCGCCUGUGUGUGCCUCCAGCUUCUGUCUGUCGGCGUUUCGCGGUCUCCGGAAGGACGAGAGGGGCAUGCACACGUGACCUUACUGCGUCCAUUCCAUUGAAGCGGUUUUUUCCUGGCGGUUUUUGCCAGCAAAGGGAAGGGGUAAUGUGGGAUGUGGGGGGGUCUCGCCGGUCUUUCUAUCUGUCUAUCUAUCUAUCUCUGUGUUCGUCCCGUCACGACGAAUUUUUAUCCAUCUCGCGUGCAUGUGUGCGCGCUGUGUCGGUCGGUCGGUCGGUCGGUCGGUCAUUCCAUAUAUUAGAGGGAACGGUGUGUGCAUCUUAUCUAUCUUGUGUGCAGUGCAUGUGUCGAUCAGAAGUACACAUGUGCACCUGGGUGGGGGUGGAGGCAUACAGCCAGGCUAUCUAUCAAGGUCCUCGACUUUUUUGGCCGCCCUGCUGCUGCCCGCGCGUCUGCCACAGACCAGCAGCAUUGCAAGUGGGUGAGAGGUGCGGAUGGAGGCCUGGAAGUUCUUGUGCUAUCUAUAGCUUUCGUACUGCCUGCCUGUCGCACCUCCUCUGCCCCGUGUCGUCGAAUGGACCAUUCAUGUCGUCGAUGGGUUUGGAUGCCAUGCUAGAUGGCUGCUCGUAUGGGCAUGUAUUUGCCUUCAACUGCGACGUCUUUUUCGCGAGUUUCGAUGGGUCGAUCAUGCUUCAACCGCGUGUUCCUUCGUACGGGUGGCACAGGUGGCUGGAAGGCUUCCCGGGGUGCGUCGAACAACGCAUGUUCGGGACACCUUCCUGUCGCGAGUCGCACCUGUGGGAGGAAGGCGUCAGAGAAGUCUGCAGUUUCUCUUCGCACUGGCUCCGGCUCGGUUGCGUCUUUGUGUGCGGUGAGAGUGACGUGCGGAGGGCGCUCGAGGGUGAGCAAACGAGACGGUCAAGCAAGACACGUCACGUUUCCUCACACUCCUGCCCCAGUGUUCAGUGCCUUGCGAUCGAAGCACGAACAAGAGAUCUAGACUGUAGUCACGAGUAUCAGACUGUGCACUUGAGACUCUCUUGAGACAGCAAACGCCGAGUUGUGCAUGGACGAUUGUGCCUGACGACACCAAUCCGUAGCCAGUCCAC